UGUAUGGGGCUGGCUGCUGGCACCAGCCUGGAUGCCUCAGCUUGAGAAUCCACCAUUCGGGGCUGUAUUGACUGCUCAGAGGUACAGGAGCCCAGCCUGCUGAUUUUGUUGCAAGAUACGAUGAAGGAAAGCUACUGACACCCUUGUCUUUAGCUGCGAGGGAGUGGGGCAUAUGUGCCAGUGACUUUGCUGUCAGCUAGCCACAAAGCAAGAAAGGCAGCUGUGUGGAAGACGAUGACUCAUAUGCUUUUGCUAUACUGCUUCGUGUUUCUUUUGCCCACAGAGUCCUGCAGGACAUUAUGCCAGGUUGCCAACAAAAGCAAGGAGAAGAUGCCUGCCAGGCCACAUGGUGUAUGUGAUGGUACCUGUGUGGCCAAUUCCCACUGCAGUCAACCUUGCCCUCCAGACACUCAGGGAAAUAUGGGAUUUUUUUGCAGUCAAAAGAAAUGGCACAAGAUCACUGAAACCUGCCGGACUCUUAAUGCCUUCAACAUCUUUGAGACAAAUUUAUAUUCAGCUCAACCAUUCGGAGGAAAUACAAAAAUCAGUGAGUAUGCCAGAAUGUCUGAGACUAUCACAGACAUGUUGAUGCAAAAGUGUCCAAAGGAUUUGUCCUGUGUGCUCAGGAACAUUCAGCAGUCUCCCCGGAUCCCAGGAAACAUUGCUGUCAUCGUGCAGCUCUUACACAACAUAUCCACGGUGCUACUGACGGGUGUUGAUGAGGCGAAGAUGCAGAGUUACAGUGUCAUGGCCAACCACAUUCUUAACAGCAAAAGCAUCUCAAACUGGACCUUCAUCCCUGACAGAAACAGCAGCUGUGUUCUGCUACAUUCCAUCAAUUCCUUUGCAAGAAAGCUCUUUAUAAAUAAAUAUCUCAUUGACAUAUCAGAUGUCUUCAUUCACACUCUGGGCACCACCAUAUCCCGAGACAACACUGGGAAGAAUUUCUCUUUUGCAAUGAGGAUUAAUGACACGAGCAAUGCGAUCACUGGGCAGGUGCUGAUCAGUAGAGACGAACUUCGCAAGGUGCCUGCUCCUUCUCAGGCCAUCAGCAUUGCAUUUCCAACUCUCGGGGCCAUCCUAGAAGCCAGUCUUUUGGAAAACGUCACCGUGAACGGGCUUGUCUUGUCUGUCAUUUUGCCCAAGGAACUUAAAAGAAUCUCACUGAUUUUUGAAAAGAUCAGCAAGUCGGAGGAGAGGAGGACACAGUGUGUUGGCUGGCACUCCCUGGAGAGCAGAUGGGACCAGCAGGCCUGUCAGAUAAUUCAAGAAAACUCCCAGCAAGCUGUUUGCAAAUGUAGGCCAAGCAAGUUGUUUACCUCCUUCUCCAUUCUUAUGUCACCCCACAUCUUGGAGAGCCCGAUCCUGAUUUAUAUAACGUACACAGGCCUAGGCAUUUCCAUCUGUAGCUUGAUCCUUUGCUUGUCCAUUGAAGCCUUGGUCUGGAGCCAAGUAACGAAGACAGAGAUCUCAUACUUACGCCACGUGUGCAUCGUCAACAUCGCGGCCACCUUGCUGAUGGCUGACGUGUGGUUCAUUGUGGCUUCCUUUCUCAGCGGUCCAGUGACACACCAUGAUGGAUGUGUGGCAGCAACAUUCUUUGUUCAUUUUUUUUACCUCUCUGUGUUUUUCUGGAUGCUUGCCAAGGCACUCCUUAUCCUCUAUGGAAUCCUGAUUGUUUUCCAUACAGUGCCCAAAUCAGUACUGGUGGCAGCUCUCUUUUCAGUUGGCUACGGGGCCCCUCUGCUCAUUGCUGUUGUCACGGUUGCUGCCACGGAGCCCAGAAAGGGCUACCUACGGCCUGAGGCCUGCUGGCUUAACUGGGACAUGACCAAGGCCCUUCUGGCCUUUGUGAUCCCAGCCCUGGCCAUUGUGGUCGUAAACUUGAUCACGGUCACACUGGUGAUCGUCAAGACCCAGCGAGCCGCCGUCGGCAGCUCCAUGUUCCAGGAGGUGAGAGCCAUUGUCAGAAUCAGCAAGAAUAUCGCCAUCCUCACACCGAUGCUGGGACUGACCUGGGCAUUCGGGAUAGCCACAGUCGUUGACGGCAGCAACCUGGCCAUCCACAUUGUCUUCUCCGUGCUCAAUGCAUUCCAGGGCUUCUUCAUCUUGGUGUUUGGAACAAUUCUGGAUCCAAAGAUAAGAGAAGCUUUAAAGGGUCGAGUAACUUCUGCAAAAUGGAUCUCCAGAAUAUCUGAGAACCUUUCUACUGAUUUCUCUUGUCAGCCCACUAAAGGGCCAAGCUAACAACCCUGGCUAUACCCCUACCUUGGGAGGGAGUAUGAAGGAAGCCUCCCAUGCUGUGCUACUGAUGGAGGAGUACAUGAAGUACGGGAAGAAUGGAAGGCCCGUCUGUCUAAGCUGUUCUGUGCUGCUAAACAUUGUCCCCCAAGAACUGUCAACACAUAGAUAGAUAUGCCAUGCUGGGCACCAUUGAGGGAACAGAAAGACAAAAUGGGCUGCAGCAGGACCCUGGUCUUGUUGGAGCCUCCCGUUCCAUGCUGUUGGGUCAUGUUUAUCCUCAGGAAGAGAGAAUGGUUCAUCUUGGCAGAGGUAGCCUGGGAUGUCACCUGGCUGGAUUUUGUGGGUUGCUAAGGGAGGGGCCCUCAUGAAUACUCACCAACGGUUGGACUGACUCUAAGUAGGUUCAUUGCUGGCUCCUUGUACAAAAGGAAUCCAACUGCCAGCAUAGUCCACCUGUACAAAUUUAAAUGGAUUACAUGGUUAGCUGGCUGGGGCUUAGAUGUAACUUGGCUGUGAGCCAAGACAAAAACAUAGAACUUUUGAACCAGAAAGAUGCUCACUGUAGGUUAAAGAGCCUGGAGCCUGGAGUGAUGGGCCACAGCUAAUCAAGGCUUGAGCCAGAGCUAGAAACCGAAGUCUGCAGGCUUUCAGCUCUGGACUUGCUCCUCAAGACACAGAACCUUUGAGGCAUUCUGUCUACUCCGAUGAUAUAAGAUUAACCCUCACCGACAAUAUGUUUUUUCUGAAACCAGUGAUGAGGAAGGGAGACUAUCAUAUUUCAAGUACAGAGCUGCUCAUUUUCUUAACCUUGUAUGUAAACAAAUUUGAUGCUCAAAUAAAGAGCCACCUGAUAGCAGUACAAUAGGUAGAUGCCCCUUUGGAAGGGAAAAAGCUCCUUUAUAAAGCAAGUACCCAGCCUGAUGCAUCAGAAGCAAAUGGGUGGAUAAAGGAAAAGGAGGCUGUGAAUCCCCCUAAUUAUCCUACCAAGAAGCCAUAUUAAUGAUGUUGCAUUACAAAUGGAAAAGUGAGACACACUUGGUGAAUGACUAGGGUCUCUCUCUUUUUUACUGUAAAAAACUUUCUCUAUGUAAGGAAGUUUGCAAAAGCAAAAAAUAUAAUAAAAAAGUCAAUCAGAAGGUAGAAAAAUACACCAACCUGCAGAGUAAGUCACCUUUCAAGUGGCAUUGCUAAUCUUGAGACAACAGUCAUAUUUUUCUCAAAUGAAGUCAGAAAGGGAUUUUAAUUUGACAUUUCCCUAGUUAUUUCUGAAGUCUUUUCAAGGGAAGGGAGUGGGGAAGGCACAGUCCCAGUUUUCAUAAUGUAGAGAUCCCAGUACAAAGAAAUGCAACUUACCAAGAGUCAAUAUGCUGAAGAGAGGGUGGAAUCUCAUGAAGCUAAAUAGUUACAGGAUUAGAAAUCUGGAAAACCUGUAGAAAAGACUGGGUCCAAUAGCCUCAUUUUAUAGAUGGGAACUCUGGGUACCAACAAGAGAGAGACUGGGCUUUCAUCUGUAUUGUGCAUUAAACAAUAAACAGUCCAAUGUAGCAUGAAAGCACACUCUACUCAGAUGUAGAGUACUUCCUAGGAUGGGAUGGCAGUAAAGACGUUCUGCCUUGGGAUUAUUAUUAACCAAGAAAGGGCUCAUGGAUGCUAACAGAGAAACUCCAGAAGUUUUUUGGAAAUCCCUUGAAGAAGCUGUGCCUUCUUUCCUAUAGCGCGCAACCCACACUGUCCCAUCCUGAAAGUAUCAGUGAACUGCAUGGUUAGCUUGACUGUGGAAGACCCCGAGUAGAGACCUAUUCAAUGUCUUACUCACACCUCACCAAGGAGAUGACUUGGUCAGGUGGCUCAAGGAGAAAUUGGUGCUACCGGUGUCUAAGGCCAGAUUCAUGGUUAGACACUUAAGGCAUGAUGAUCCUUGGGAAAGUUAUUUAAAUUCCUUAGAUUUGGAUUUCCUCAGCCAUAAAUUAGAAAAAUAGAGUCUAUCUCAUAGGGUCAUUGUAAAGAUUAAAUGAGUAGUGGUGUAGGUAAAAUACUUAGGAUAAUAUUUGGCCAUUAAAAUGUUAGCCAUUUUUGUUAAAGUACCUGUCAAUUCACGUACACACACAGACACAAGAGAACAAACAGCCAUGGCCUUUUGCAUAAGUUUGGAGGUUGACACUCUCAUGGAAGUUAUUUCAUUGACUUCUAAAGAAAAGAAUUAAGCAUUUGAUUCAGUCUGUUCAACAUUAGGGGUAAUAAGCUGAUUUUACCAUUGGAACAAUUCUUUCAUUCAGUGUUACCAUGGCUGUGAUAUAGAGUCCCCUGCCUAGGAGAGACUAUGGGGUUCUAUUCGGGACACAUUCUUGAGCUCUGCUUCACUUGUUGCCUUCUCUGUGACGUCUUCCCCAUGAGUCCAUCCUGAAGUACUGACUGUCCCCACCUGAUUCCUAUAAUAUUUAUAAUCUGUGCCACUCACUUUAUAUUUAGUAUUUAUUGUGUUUUGUUGUUUGUUUACUUUUUGUCUUUUGGUAUAUAUAUUUUCUUUCUUGGAUAAGACUGUAAGCCUUUGGGGAUAGGGUAACUCACUUUAUUUACUCACUAUGUUACUUCCUUUUGUAUGCCCAGAGUGCAGAGCAAGGUAUCUUGCACAUAGAACAUGUCCAAUAAAGGCUUUUGAUUACACA